AUGGAACCAAACACCCUCGUCUUCUGGGUGGUGUUCUCCGCCGUCUUCACCAUCUUGGCGGUGGCCUACCUCGUCCUCGACAGGGCGGCGGCGCGGGGGGAGGGGGAUAAGCAGGCGGGAUUCCGGCAGCGGGCGUUCCCCAGGGGCUGGCUGCGCGAGGACGAGCGCCGCGCGUACUGGUCUGGCCAGGACGAGGGCGUCGUCGAUGUAGGCAGCGGCAGCAAGGGCGGACCGUCCGGGUUUGAGGGUGGCGGCAGACCGUGUGGUUUUGAUGGUGGUGGUGGUGGUGACGCGUCGCCGCUUCGGUCUCCGUCGGAAGCCCAUGUGCGGCGUUGA